UUUUGUUUUGCCAAAUCACAGCCCGGUGUGAAGAGGAUUUUGUUUUUGUCGCAAUAUUAAUCAUGCUUAGAGGUAAAAUACAAUUUUAAUUUAGGGUACGUGUAAUUGGUUUGUGGUCUUCGAAUAUAUUUACAUAAUUAGAAUGGCUGAAACUGAUGCGGUGCACCCACGGUUUUUAAUAAAACCCUUACCUAAAAUUGGCGCUCUGAGGAUUGCACUGGUGCAGCUAGCUGUGGGUUCAGAUAAGAAGAAGAACAUUGCGGAAGCCGUGAAGCAGAUCCACGCAGCCAAGCAGCAGGGUGCCCAGCUCGUGGCCCUGCCCGAGUGCUUCAACUCUCCAUAUGGCACAAAGUACUUCAAUGACUAUGCAGAGGAGGUCCCCGGUGGUGAGACAAGCCUGGCACUCUCACGGGCUGCAGCGGAGGCGGGUGUGUGUGUAGUGGGAGGCACCCUGCCUGAGAGAUGUGGGGACCGCCUGUAUAACACAUGCACUGUGUGGGAUGGCUGUGGAAAACUACUUGCUCAGCAUAGAAAGAUGCACCUGUUCGACAUCGACAUUCCUGGGAAGAUCACAUUCAAGGAGUCGGAGGCCCUGUCUCCGGGGGACCAGUUCACCACAUUCGACUAUGAAGGUGUGAAGAUCGGCAUUGGCAUUUGCUACGAUCUGCGCUUCUCUGAGAUGUCUCAUGUGCUGGCUAGCAAAGGUUGCUCCUUAAUCAUCUACCCGGCAGCGUUCAACAUGACGACCGGGCCCAAGCACUGGGAGCUGCUAGCGAGGGCGCGCGCGAACGACCACCAGCUAUACGUGGCCCUCGUGAGUCCGGCCAGAGAUACUGAAGCUUCGUACGUAGCCUGGGGCCACAGUACGCUGGUUGACCCGUGGGGGGAAGUAGUGGGGAAGCUGGAUGAGAAUAGCGGGGUGCUGGUGUGUGAUGUUGAUUUGAACAAAGUGGAAGAAGUGAGAAACCAAAUACCGAUACGGUCGCAAAGAAGAACUGACCUGUACGAUACUAUUACGAAGUAAGUUAACAAAUCCCUGGAUUUUAUGGACUAUUGGGUAAAGA